CGGCCGAGCCCGCAUCUGGGCGCUGCGAGGGGCGGGCCGGGGCGCGGCCGGCGGCGGGGCCGGCGCGAGCAGGAGGAAGUGGGUCGGCGCGGCCGCGGGAGCCGGCGGGCAGCGCGCAGAGUCCCCGGGCCAGGAGCCGCGCGUCUCCGGUGAAGACGGAUGCUAGGAGCCUGUGGGUAAGAGCUCUGCGAAGACUUCAGCUAUAAAAAUGUGCAGCCGUCGCUUCGCCAAGCACCCUCAGCUGUGACCGAAAUUGCAGCGCCCGCGCCCGCAGCCAGGUGCGGCCACUGCCCAGCGCAGAGGACCAUGGAGCUCUCGGACAGCGACCGCCCCAUCAGCUUCGGCUCCACGUCCUCCUCGGCCUCCUCCCGGGACAGCCACGGCUCGUUUGGCAGCAGAAUGACCUUGGCAUCUAGCAGCCACCUGGGCUUGUUCCCCCAGGAUAAGGACGCCGGGGCCAUCAAGCUGGAGCUGGUGCCCGCCAGACCCUUUUCCAGCAGCGAGCUGCCCAGGGACAGCCCCUCGGGGCCACCGGGCGCCAAGGAGGGCAGUGAAAGGCAGCCCCGGACGCCCUGGAGGGCCGAAGCCAACGGGAUGGCCAAAGCCGGCGCUCAGUCAGCCGCGAGUCCUAAGCUGCUCUACGUAGAUCGUGUGGUCCAGGAGAUUGUGGAGACCGAAAGGACGUAUGUGCAAGAUCUGAAAAGCAUCGUAGAGGAUUACCUUGACUGCAUCAGGGGUCAAACGAAACUUCCUCUGGGCAUGGAAGAAAGAUCCGCACUUUUUGGAAAUAUUCAGGAUAUCUACCACUUCAACAGUGAACUUCUGCAAGAUUUGGAAAACUGUGAAAAUGAUCCGGUGGCCAUAGCAGAAUGCUUUGUGUCCAAGAGUGAAGAGUUCCACAUUUACACCCAGUACUGCACCAACUACCCCAGCUCGGUGGCCGUGUUAACCGAGUGCAUGAGGAACAAGACGCUGGCCAAAUUCUUCAGGGAACGGCAGGAGACUCUGAAGCACUCGCUGCCUUUGGGGUCCUAUCUGCUGAAACCUGUCCAGCGGAUUCUCAAGUACCACCUCCUCUUGCAUGAAAUAGAAAAUCACCUCGCCAAGGACACAGAAGGUUAUGACGUGGUGCUUGAUGCCAUCGACACCAUGCAGCGGGUAGCCUGGCACAUCAAUGACAUGAAACGGAAGCACGAGCACGCCGUGCGCCUGCAGGAGAUCCAGAGUCUGCUCACUAACUGGAAAGGACCGGACCUGACCAGCUACGGAGAGCUGGUGCUGGAAGGCACCUUCCGCAUCCAGAGGGCCAAGAACGAGCGGACGCUGUUCCUCUUCGACAAGCUGCUUCUCAUCACCAAGAAGAGAGACGACACCUUCACCUACAAAGCUCACAUCCUGUGUGGCAAUCUCAUGCUCGUGGAAGUGAUCCCAAAGGAGCCACUCAGCUUCAGUGUCUUCCACUAUAAGAAUCCCAAACUGCAGCAUACGGUUCAGGCUCGAUCCCAGCAAGACAAACGCCUGUGGAUUCUUCACUUGAAGAGACUCAUCCUGGAGAAUCACGCGGCGAAGAUUCCAGCGAAGGCCAAGCAAGCAAUACUGGAGAUGGAUGCCAUUCACCACCCCGGCUUCUGCUACAGCCCUGAGGGAGAGACGAAAGCCUUCUGCGCUCCGAAAAACAGCUCCACCCCCUACCGCCUUCGGAGGAAGUCAGAACCUUCCUCGAGGACACAUAAGGUUUUAAAGACCAGUGAAACGGUGCAGGACAUCCAAAAGGCGGCGUCCAGAGAGGAGGGGUCCCCGCGGCUGCCUUGCGCGGGCCCCACCCCCGCGCAGAGAGGCGGCCAGCCUGGCGGCAGCGGCGCUGCCAGGGGCGAGGCCCUGGUGGGCACACGGAGCAUCUGGACCGACCACCAGAUCCGCCAGGCGCUGUUCCCCAGCCGCCGCUCCCCGGAGGACGACGACGACGACGACUACCAGAUGUUCCUGCCGUGCGAGGACAGCGCAGCCAGCCGCCCCUGCAGCUGGCACCUGGGGCAGAUGGAGGCCUCGGGCAGCCCCGGCCCCGGCCACCGCGUGGUCCGGCGGGCCAGCAGUGCGGGCGAGAGCAACACGUGCCCGGCGGCCGAAGGCAGGACCCGGGACAGUGGCAGCGCCCGGGCCAGCACGGUCAGGGGGCUGCAGGACGGGGCCCCCGCGGGUGCGCAGGAGGACGCCACCACGCCCUUCGGGUCGUCUCUGGAGCUGACCGCGGACCCCCUGGACCACGUGUAUGACAACAUCAGCUACGAGGACUUAAAGCUCCUGGUGGCGCGGAGAGAGGCCUUGGAAACCUCGACCCCCAAGCCCCCCACCCGGGGCUCCGUUCGCCCCAAGAGCACCCCGGAACUGGCCUUCUCCAAAAGGCUGGCGGGCCACGAGCAGGGCGCUCUGCGUCCCGCCGGAGAGGGACCCCUGCCCGGCCAGGCCGCGGCCACCCCCGGCGCGCGGGAGCUGGAGGAAGAGGAGGAGGAGGAGGAGAACAUCUACGACACCAUCGGGCUGCCCGAGCCGCCGCCGCCCGGCGACUUCAGGGCCGGCAGCCUCAAGCCGCCCAAGAGGACCAGCUUCCUGGGCCUGGACGCGGACUUCGCCUGCUGUGACAGCCUGCGGCCCUUCGUGUCCCAGGACAGCCUGCAGCUGAGCGAGGACGAGGCCCCGCCUGCCCACAGGGACGCCGAGUACCUGAGCGCCCUGUACGGCGCCUCCCCCCGCGCCAAGUCCCUGUCGGACAAGCUGUCGGAGGAGGUGGACGAGAUCUGGAACGACCUGGAGAAUUACAUCAAGAAGAACGAGGACAAGGCUCGGGAGCGGCUGCUGGCCGCCUUCCCGGUCAGCCAGGACGACGUGCCCGACGGGCCCCGCGCCCAGGGCCGCCCCGCGCCGGCCAGCCCGGAGGCAGCCCGCGCCCCGUCCACCCUCUCACUGCUGCCCGGGAGUCACCCCCUGGGCUCCCCGCUGAAAGGCAGGCCGGGCCGGGCCGGCCGCGCCCACUGGCCUCAGGAAGGUGACCGCGGGGCCCAGGAAGACUCGAGGGUCACCCUGAGCCAGCUCUCGCUGGCCAGCGAGAUGUCUCCGCUGGGAAAUCCCUACGAGCUGGUCAACAGCCAUCUGCCCCUGGCGGACCCAGAAGCAGCAGAGCUGGAGCUGGACCCCACGGAUAAGACCAGGAGCCGAGUGUUCAUGAUGGCCCGGCAGUACAGCCAGAAGAUCAAGAAGGCCAACCACCUGCUGAAGGCCAAGGGCCCCGAGCCCCAGCAGCCCCCGGCUGGCCAGGCACACACAGCCGCGCCCCGGGACCUGGCCGCCAUCCUGGAGGACAAGAAGCAAGGAGGGCCCGCCAUCGGUGCCAGGAUCGCCGAAUAUUCCCAACUGUAUGACCAGAUCGUCUUCCGAGAGACCCCAGUGAAACUGCAGAAGGAUGGCUGGGCCUCCCCCCAACCACCGUCGGGCCCAGCGGCCUCUGCCUCGGCAUCCCCCGCCCAGCUCGUCAGCGAGGACUGGCUUUUGAAUUCGACCUACAGUAACGGGGAGUUGGCAGAUUUCUGCCCGCAGUCCGAGCUAGACCUGAGGUCCAAGUACCCCACGUUAGAGCCCGGCAGGAGGACCAUGCCUCGGAAGCUGUCCACAGCCUUCUCCGUGCCUUCGCUCCAGACGGCCGACCCUCUGCUGGGCUCCGUGCAGAGACGCAGUGUGAUCGUGAAUCAGCCCAACAAAGACCCCUCGGGUCAGGGGCCCCUCUACAACUCCCUGGGGCGGAAGGGGCCGGGGGUGCCCCCGCAGCCCUACAGCCGGUCCCAGUCAUCAUCUUCCAUCCUGAUCAACAAGUCCCUGGACUCCAUCAGCUACCCCGGGGAGCUGGGGCAGCCCCAGCCGCUGACCCCGCACACAGGCACCCGUGGGGACAGCCUCCAGGAUCUGCUGCCCAGGAUGGCUGAGUCUAGUCCGCAGGGCGGGGACAGACACUCCGACCUCACCCUCCAGGAUGCGCAGAAGGUCCUGGUCGUGAACAGAAACGUGCCCUUAAAAGCCCAGAUCGCCACCCAGAACUAUUUCUCCAAUUUCAAAGAGACUGACGCGGAGGAAGAUGACUAUGUGGAGAUCAAGUCAGAGGAGGACGAGGCCGAGUUCGAGCUGACUCACCAUCGUCGGGCGAAAUCGGACCCCAAGCUCGUGGACAGUUACUUCCCCCAUAGCCUCGGCAGCAAGGACCCCGCAUAUGCCUUGGGUAGCCCUUGCACUCCCAAAAAGCCAAUGGGUGGCAGCCUGGGCCUUGCGCCUUAUCUGACCCCGUACAACGAGGCCGACAGGCUGAACGACUAUCUCUGGCGGGGCCCGUCUCCCACUCAGCAGAACAUUGUCCAGUCGCUAAGGGAGAAAUUUCAGUGUCUCAGUUCUAGCAGCUUCGCCUAAGGUUUUUCUCCAAGGUUGCCGGGGGAAAUCGUGCACCGGAGGCGGUGUUUUGUUUGUACCCAGUUGAAACCGUUUUGUAAUAGCCAGAGGUGUAAAAUAUACUUUUCUUUUAUGGCACAAGUGUUUUGAGACUGCUGAGGGGGCAGCCCGCAGUGGUCCGUCCCCAAAGCCUGCCUCUGAACAGGGCGUCCAGGGCUGUUGGUUUCUCCACGUUGCAUGGAAGUCAAAUCUGACUUGGCAUUUUUUUUUUUUUGUUUUUAGGCUUGGUUAGUUCCCCCCCCCACGCCGCCCAGUCAAGCACGAUGACCAUGACAUUUUGUUUUGUUUCCUUGACAAGAGUGCUGAGAUUUUAAGAAAUGCCACAUCAUCCUUUCUAGAGCCACACGGAAGUUUGAGUCCCACGUGACAAGAAGGCCGUUUCCCCUGGUUAGGAAGGAAAAAAAAAAAAACAAAGUCGAUUGCUGAGCUGUACUAGCAUGUUAAGUUUGGCAGCAAGAUCAGAGUAUCAAACUCUCUAACUCUGUCUGCAGCGGCCGAGUUAGGGAUUCUAACCCGGGGGUUUCGCCACAAAGCAAAAAUUGGGUGGGAAAUGAGAAAGGAGAAUGUGGCGAGCCAGCUCUCGCCCCUGGACCCCGUAUUCCUGGACAAGGCCGCAAGCCUGUGCCGCUCCCUACCCCCAUGUUCACGAUGACUCCUGGGGACAAAGAAAUGAGUCCCCAGAAUGUAAAAGACAAAAGCGUCCCAGGGCAUCCACAAAACCCAGAGCAAGAAAAUGCAAAUUGACUUAACUCUUAGAUGGGUGAAUGAAGGGAUUCCCUUGCCCGACCUCCUGCCCGCCCACCCCCCACCCCCCAGCACCUUGACAUCCUCACUGGGUGGGAAGGAGAGGGUCGCAGGAUUUUUUGUGUGUCUCUGAUGAGCAUGAAGGAAACCAUAAGUUAAAGGAAAACAAGCACUUUACAGGCUCCCUUUUCGGUAGGACGCCCC